AUGACCGUAUUCUCUCUGGGUCGGUACAUCAUUCGAACUCAGCAGCACUGGUCACGCCUUUCAGGACUUUCGCGGUUCACACAUUCUGUUGCUCCGAGCCCGCUUUUCCCCUGGCUCCCCAAAGAAUUGGAGCCAAAGUUUCUUUCCUACAAGAAGCAUUUAUUUGCCGAAUAUGAACACUUGACUAAUCUUAUAGCCAAUGGAGCAGGCCAGCAAAGCAAUGCAAAGUGA